ACGAACUCCCUCUAAGUCUACUGUGAUCCGAUGUGGGUGGCUACCACCGUACACGCCCUUCCUUCCAGUUCAUCUUCACCACCGGUCCGAACCCGAAACUCGUGUAUCAUAAUUUUCCGAAACCGAAAUCGUUCCGUUUCGGACGCUUCGGUGUCCGGCUCCGCCUUAACAAGUAUAAAGUUUCGGCGGCGAAGAAGCAGCUCACCGAGUUGGUGAAUCAGAAACCAGGUCAAAGUAUCUCACCUUAUACUAUUUAUUUUACGAUAAUCAGAACGUUGUGAUCAUUUUACUGGCACUUUGUGCUUUGUACUUGAUUUAAUGCUUGUAGAGACAAUUAGAAUAUUACCAUGCAUAAAGUGCUUGAGAAAUUGAGAGCGGGAUGUCUCCUAUCCAUCUCAGGUGAAUACUCGUUACGCUUCUAAUUAUUCAGUCGGAAAUUUUGGUUUGGUGUUGAUUGGAGGUCAAGUUUUCAUGGUUUCCACAUUGACGUUUUGAAAUGAAUGUGGGUAUACCGCUUGCACAGACAACCAGCAACCCUAAGAAAGUGAAGGGCAUAAUUAGCAGAAAGUUGGACAUGAAUUGGGGUAAAAGUCAUUGUCUUGAUUCUUAAACAUGGUCUUCAAACUAAGAAGGCAUCACAUCUCGUGAGUUAUAAUGUUGACUUGAUGUAGGAAAAUAUCCUAAGUUCGAAUUUUUAUUCAUUUGUUGAUUGAAGAACGAAGGUACCGAAAUGAGUUUGAUUUGAUAAACCCCCUCUUUAAAUUUGUUCACGAUCGAGUUAAUAUGCAUAUAUGAGUUAGGUUUGUUAUUAGGUCAGUAUAUUUAUCUCUUUAAACUCAAGUUCGAGUUUCUAAUUUGAAGUAAUUGUUGUAGAAUAUAGUCCUUAUAAAAGAAGAGGCGGAUCCGCAACACCACUUUUUCUACACAAGUUUUUACUUGGACCCACUUUGUAAUGUAUUUCAAAAAUCCGACCCAUCUAUCUUUUAGGUAUUUUCUCAAAGAUCACAUCUACAAAAAAUCACUCAAAUUUGAAGCCGUAUUGGAUUAAAGGUUUAGAGUUUCUUUGUUGAACUGUAUUUAUUCAUUUUUUUUCAUUACAAAUAAUUGUUUUAGUGGUGUUGGAUUUGUCUUUUUUUUUUUUUUUAAUUUUUUUUUUACGAGGACGAUGUUUUAAAAAACAGACUAUUUAGAUCGUUGAAAUACUUUACGUGUAGGGUUCCACAAAAAUUUGUGUUAAAAAAGUGGUACCACGAAUUCGUCGCAUAAAACAAUAUUAAAUUUGAGAUUAGCGUUUCUAAAGUCUAAACACGAUAUUAACUUAAAAAAUAACCUUUCUAAAAUGAAUGCUCUCAUAUUAAUUAAAGGAAAAAGAAGCUGAUGGCGGGCGAGAACUUCAAAUUGCCCGGGAAAAUUCCAGCUGUCGAUCACAUCCAAGUCAGCGUGAGAGUUCAGCUCCCCCACUGGGCCCCACCCCGGUCGUGCCACGUGUACGUUGCCACCAACUGGACCGUUUACGCGUCGCUUUCCAACGAACGAACGCACACUGCAUGAGACUUUAGCAUUCGGCAGUUCUUCUUCUCCGUCCAGGAGAGAGUGAAUUUUCGUCGGCAUUGAAGGCGCCAAAUUUUUCUAGGGUUUUUGGAGAUUUCGGAUGCGCGCGAAUGUCGUCGUCGGCGGAGACCAGCGACGGAGAGCACGAGGUGGAGCUGAUCGUGCACGACCCAUCUGCAUCGGGGGAUGACGGUGGCGAGGCCGUCGCAGACGAGAUAGCCCCGCUCUUGACGCAGCCGGAGAAGCCCAAAAUCAACAUUUUCACCCUCUCUUAUCCUCGAGGAACAUCUAAGGAUCGGGUACGGAAACCACUUGAAACGGAGACAUCCUCAGUAGCUCAAUUUAUUUCGUGGGUAUGGAGUGGAUCGAGAUGCUCCGGUGUAUUGUGUAUGGCCAUCUCAUGUACCAUCUACUUUGUCAUGGAAUUUUUUGCUGAUGUUUUUUCUGUUCAGUCCAUUCCUUUGCUUGAGGCAGCAUUUACAAGGUGUACGAUUAUCUUGGUAUUGUCAUUUGUGUGGUUGAGAAAGUGUGGACAGCCAGUAUAUCUGGAUUGGCAACUGUAAAAAAUCUUUUGAUUUCCAGAGCCCUUACGGGGUAUAUCUCAUUGAUGUGUUUCAUUUAUUGCAUUCAAAGGUUACCUUUGUCUCAGGCUAUUGUAUUGAGCUUCACAACUCCAAUUAUGGCUUCAGUUGUGGCCAGAAUCAUUCUACAUGAGAAGUAUAAGAUUGCAGAUGUUGGAGGUUUUAGCUUCUGGAAAAGUUUCUUAGGCUACCUUUUGAUAGUCAGGGAGUGAUGUCUUUGUCGAUUGUCAUUCAUUUUCCAGGUCUUGCGUGCAGUUUCUUUGGUGUGCUCUUCAUUUUCAGACAAAUGCUUACC